CGUCGGCGCAAAAUCAACGGUUGUCUGCAGAGGGGGAGGAUUACAGGAGGAAGGAGGAAGGAGUGCCGUGAGGAUGGGGGAGUGGAUGGCGAUGGCGGACAGAAUGUUCAAGGAGCGAGACAAUAAUGACACGUGUCUCGAGAUCCGUUCACUUUCGUCUUCUUCCAGGACGAAAGUGGGUGUGAAGGAUCUCGAGACACGUGUCUCGAGAUCCGUGCACUUUCGUCUUCGAUCAGAUCCAUUUUUCGGCAUUGCCUUGUCAGUCUUGGAAGCGAUUGACGAAGCCCUGCGCAAGGGCGUCGACUCGGCUCGGAGAUCAACGCCACGUGGCGCGCACGUGCGGACAGAGCGGCUGCCCCGCGCAGAGGCGGCGCAGGUGACAGGUACAAAGGGAAAUCAAAUAGCCAACGACAACUCAACGCCCUCCUCCUCCUCCUCCUCCUCCUCCUCCUCCUCCUCCUCCUCCACUUUCUCUCCUUCCCCAUCCAAUUCCUCCCUCUCCCCCUCCUUCCCCUCGGCGCCAUUACUGCCGAGACGGGGAAGGCUUUCGCUGCCGCUGCGCUGCGACUGGCUGAGGUCUCUUUCGCCCCCGACUCGAGGAGAACUGGUGCCUGCUGCCGAGCUGGAUGAUGAUCCCUCGUUCUGGGAUCUUAAGCGCGCCGCUGCUAUUGCACCAGCGAUCUCCUCCUCCUCCUCCUCCUCCUCCACCGUGCCGGUGUCGCUGUCGUCCGAGAUGAUGAGAGUAGAGAAUGCGCACAGAGAUCAGGAUGGGCAAUUCUGUCCUCAUCGGUCAGCAGCUGCCGCGGGAGCGCUGAGGCAGCCAGAGGAGCAGAAGAUGGGAGAGGAGAAAUUUGCUGCCAGUGCUGCACCCGGCAUGGGGCGGAGCAUGCGCCUCGUUCGACAUAGUCGUAGUCGAAGAAGGAAGAAAGGCCCGCUGGGAUCCCCGCCGCUGGUCAACGUGGCGUACGGGUCCAGGACGACUCCUAAGGAGGGGGUCAGUAACCCCCAAUUGAGAAGCGCAAGCCCCGAUCGCGGCCCUGCGGUGUUGCAGCCGCCUGUAGUGUACACGUGGACGGACUGCCGGGAGGCAGACACGUGUAUGUCUUCUUAUCCUUCUCCUUCUCCCUCCUCCUCUUCUUCGUUAUCGUGUUCUUCUGUGUCAGGGGUGUGGAGGAUGGAGGGUGGGGGGGCGAGGCCGAGCUUAGCUAUGGCGGACGCGACGAUGGGAUCGAGUACCGCGGCGGCGGUGGGAGCUAAGAGGGAAGAAGACGACGAAGUCGACGUCUUGAGAGAUGUUGGGAGAAAGAGGUGGUGGUAUAAUGGUGGUGGCAUGCAGUGGCAGCAGCAGCAGCAUCCUCAUGAAGGAUGAAAGAGGCAGACGGUUUUGUUUUUUCUCCCCCGUCUCCCAAGUGCCUUUUCUCAGAUAGUACCCUGCUCAGUCAAUCCCUUUGCAUCCAGGGUCUAAUCAAUGCUUGCCGGGGAA